CCGACAGUGGGUCUAUAGACUGUCUACUCAGCAGUGACCUGGUCUGACGCGACGGUGAUUCGACGUCGGGAUAAAUACUUGUGGCGUGCAUAUUCACUGCAGCAGUGAUCGGCGAUCUACAACGCGCCCUUCAAGAACCUUCGGAGGCGCGCCCCGACGCCUUGCCUCCCGCCCCCUCCCGCUAUGCUUUCCUCCAUACGCACCGCCACUUCGAGCGCUGAGCUCCCCAUGCUACGCCGGCUCCCCCGUGCGGCCAGGCUAGGAGGUAUCAAGCCCUCCCGCGCUGCGGCAUCUGGCGCGCACUACGCACCCACUGUACACCAUGUCCCCUCUCGCUCUACCAGCACCUCAACGAACGCAACCAACACCCCCUCUAACCGCGGCCUCCACACCACCUCCGAGGUCCGCAACAUCGUCGCCGACCGCGGGCGCGCCGUCGCGCAGGAGACCGAAGACAUCUUCCUCAUGGAUAGGUUGUUGGACGUCGUCAGCCAGAAGGUCGAUCGGGCACAUGUGCGCGACAUCCCCAUGCGCAACCCCGCAUUGUGGUCCGAAUCCGGCCUCUUCGAGCACGAAGGGCGCGAGCAUGCGCCGAAGGAGUCGGAGGAUGGGCCCGUCAAGACGCUGUAUGAGCCGCAUAUCCCCCGCCGCAUGACCGACUCCUACUGCGAGAUCGACCUACCAUUCUCCAAGGAACCGAAGCUCGUCGACCGCUACACGAACGCGAGUGGUGGGAUCCGGACGGGAAAACUCAUGGAACACCUCGACUCCAUCGCCGGCUCAAUCGCCUACAAGCACAUGCUCGGGCCGAGCGCGACGUCGGUCGGCCCCAUCGAGCAGGCGGGCUUUUACUUGGUGACGGCGAGUGUGGAUCGCCUCGACAUGCUCGGCCGGCUGGACCCAACGCGCGAUUUGCGGCUGAGCGGGAUGGUCAUCUACACCGGCAAGUCCUCUAUGGAGGUUUCCGUCAAGAUGGCGAGCGUCGGCGGCGGGAAGGGCGGGAAGGACGAGACCGUGCUGAUAGGCCGCUUCUCCAUGGUCUGCCUCAGCGCGGAGAUGAACCGCGCGACGCGGGUGAACCCCCUCGUCCGCGCGACCCCGGAGGAGGAGCAGUUACACGCGAUGGGUGAAGCCAUCAAAAACCGCCGCAGCACCAUCGCCUCGCAGUCGCUCGACCGCGUCCCGCCGACGAAGGCGGAGGCGGACGCGCUGCACCAGCUCUACCUGAAGCACGGCGACCCGGAGUACGAGCCGAGGAUGGUGUUUAGCAGCAGUCAGCAUUCGGCCCCGCCGUCCUCCGACGAGCACGACUGCGUGUGGAUGAGCGACAGCCGGCUGGAGAAGACACAGCUGAUGUUCCCGCAAGUGCGCAACCUGCACAACAAGGUGUUUGGCGGGUACCUGAUGCGGCUGGCGUAUGAGCUUGGCUUCGCGUCUGCGUCCCUCUUCUGUCGCGGCCCGAUCCGCUUCUUCUCCCUUGAUGGGAUUUCGUUCGCGAAGCCUGUGCCUAUUGGCUCCAUCCUCCGCCUCAAGUCCUGGGUCCUGCACUCCGCGACGACGGCUGAGCACCCGGUGUUGGUGCACGUCGGCGUCACCGCGAACGUCGUCGACGUCCGGACCGGCAAGGAGGAGACCACGAACGAGUUCCGCUUCACGUGGUCCCGCGAGGACGGCGCGCCGCUGAAUCGGACGGUGGUGCCGAGGACGUAUGGGGAGGCGAUGCUCUGGCUCGAGGGCGGUCGUGCGCUGCAGACUGGACUCGAAAUCCGGGAGUCGAGGGAGCGGAAGAGCGCGACGGCUUAGAAUGGAGGACUCGUUGGUACAGGGACAAGAAGCGACUUCCUAAGGGAAGGCAAGAGGCUCAUUCAUGGGCAUGAUCACCGAAGCAGUUUUUUUACUACGAAGGUGAAGCAGUCGUUUCACUACGAAGGCGUUCCUGUUAGCUUGUUCGAGUCCACUAUGGGUUUGCUGGUAACAAUGUAUGAGUACUGAUUGAUUUAGACGCAUAGACUUUAGAUACAAUAGACGGCCCUCUCAUAGCUAUCGCGGGCCAUCCGGGGUCUUUUUGGUUAUUGUCAACACGAACAGAAUAGACCGUAUUUGCACCGAUAUAUAUCGACGCAUUUUGCAUGCAAAUCCC